ACGAAGUAUAACUUACAUAUGUAUAUACUUCAUCCAUAAGAAACGUUAUAAAGAUUUGGCUAUAUCGCGCAAUAGUAUAAUAUAAGCAAUUGUUAUUAAUAAACCGAAAGAAGAUUUCUAGUUUAUUUAGUACAAUCUUAGAAACACCUCAAAAAAAAAUAAUGAUGUGAUAGCGGAAAGAAUAAUACAUAUUUAAAUUUAUAUUUAAUUUAAAACAAAAUCUUUAAAGACCACAAGGAAGAUAUAAUUUUAUUCUUUAGAUCACUGUAAUUAACAAACAGCCAAAAUGCCGUUUAUGAUAGGUCUGGCUCCUAUACGAAGGACGCUGCCUUAUUUAGAAACUGGUAAAUUAGUUUUAAAAGAAAUGAUACAAAUAUUUUCCAUUAAUUAUAAUACACACGGGCUCAAUCAUCAAGGAGUUAGGGAUUUCGUGUUCUGGAACCUACCACAAAUUCAAUAUAAAAAUCCAUCGGUGCAAGUUAUUACCUUUAAAAAUAUGACACCAACACCUUUCAUAAGAUGUUAUUAUGACGAUGGCAAAACUAUGCUAAUUGAUGUAGAUAACAGAAAUAAAGAAGAUAUAAUGGAACAUCUCAUAAAAGUAGUUGGUAAAUCAGAAGAAAUUUUGAGACAAGAAAGUAUAUCUAAAGAAAAGAGAGAAAGUUCUGCAAAUUUUGGAAUCGGCUGUCCAAGAAGCUGUAUAUGCGUAGUACCUAAUCAAGUACCAUGCCCUGGAACAGUACCUUUACCAUAUCAUAUGCGUAAUAAAACAAGAAAACUGCAGAAAGAAGAUUUGUAAGAUCAUUUUUAAAUUUCUGUUGUAAAUAUAAUAAAAGUAAUUAGUACAAUAAUUAUUUAAUAUCCA